AUGGACUGGAUUGAACGUUUCGUACCAUUGAUUCCAACCGUUGAUACCAGGGUUCUCCCAGCCCCAAAGAGCGUCAGUAUUGUCAGGAUCCCCAGAGGUGACGUGCCCGCCCAGGGCGAAUAUGGACGGGCACUUGGCCUAGCGGUUGUCGUUGGCGACAUUUGGCGCGCUGCCCACUUGGAACCCGUCCAUCUCAGCCUGAGUGCCGUUUGA